AAUGAGAAAAACAAGCCUGCACCACCUUAAUUCCUACUGUUAUUUGUAUGCACGUGUCAUAUUUCCUCAUCAACCAAACAGCAAAGUUUUAUCCAACUAAAUGAGAUCGGCCGUAAAAAACCACCACCGUGCUCAAUUGUGUGUCAAAUCUUCUGUUAGCAUAUUUUCUCGUUUACCAUUUCAAUGAAAAUAAUGACAAGCUUAUUGUUUUUUCAAAUGACUCCAACGACUUCGGUGGGUGUAGAAAUACUAGUUCUCUGGAUCUAAAAGGUUGAGACUUGGCUUAUCACGCGGUUUGUUUAUUCCAAGCUUCACUAUACACGGCACGGCUCAAUAUAUAGGAAGGUAAAGAAGAGAAGAGGAAGAACAAGCAGAAAAAAAAUGGAGGUUGUGCAGUUUCUCAUUCAAAUUACGCUGUUUUUGUGGUCUUUGAGCAAUGCAAUACCAGCAGUAGCCUCGCAGCCCAGUUUAGCUAAGCAAGGUUGUCAAAGAGAUUGUGGUAUGGAUACGAUACCUAUCCCAUAUCCUUUUGGAAUUGGAGCAGGUUGUUUCAUGAACGAAUGGUUCGAAAUAACCUGUGACAAUUCCACAAAUAAUUACCCUCGCAUACCCAUACCUCGCUUGAACCAUGCCAGUCUGAAACAACUUGAAGUGCUGAACUUAUCUAUGGAUGGCACACUAAGUGUCAGAAACCCGAUUACCUUCUUUAGUGAUUGCGGAAGGCCACUUGCAGAGCAAGCACCCAACUUGACAGGAAGCCCGUUCGUGUUCUCUAAAAGGAACAGGCUCGUUUCAGUGAGCUGUGGUGGAAAUACCUCGAUGAAGUUGAUGAAUGGCUCGACAGUUGGAUGGUGCUCGGCGACUUGUGGUGACAAGGGUGGUUUACUUGAUCAAGCUUAUGGGCCUAAUAACUGCAAUGGUAGUAACUGCUGCCAGAUCACCAUUCCCGGCAAUCUUACAAACUUCAACACUAGCUUUCAAGAAGUGAAUGAUCCUUGAAAGCGAGUGAUACCACCUCUGGAUCCGGAAGUUGCAAGUAUGCAUUCUUGAUAGACGAAGCAUGGACGUCUCCUGUUGUUGACCCAUAUAAUUGGUAGGCGUCCCUGCAGUGCUCGAAUGGAACUGGAGUCAAUUUACGAAAUCGGAUAUAUAUGGAACCUUUUGCGAUGCUAAUAAGUUCGAGCACGGUCUGCACAAGUAACAACACUUGCGUCUGCGCAAAAGGCCUUGAAGGAAACCCCUACGUCGUUGGUGGAUGUCAAGGUACAUGUCUAGCUAUCAUUUUAUUCAAACUUCAAAACGAUGUACAAACUUCUUUUCUUUUCUACUUUCUAGACAUCUAGGCUAUGUUUGGGCGUGGGAUUUCCAAGACCCAAGAGAUUAUUGAUGUCAAAUUAGUAAGAGAUGAACCUCAAAAUGUUAGAUACGAGGGAUUAGAAAUGCCCUUCAUAAUUAUUAUAAAAGCGUGGAUGAUGGAUUUCCUCCCUGUUAGGAUUUGCAAAUCCCUCUCACAUGCCUUU